AAAAAGCGACCAUUUUCGGAAUAUACUCCAGAACGCUAUCCGAAAAUACUUAUAUUAGACUUGGUAGACUUUACUAAUAGAAACGGCGUACUAUCCGAUAGUUUUCAAUUCUAUUUGUAG